AUGUCGCUGCGAAUGGCGGAUGGAAAGAGCUCAUGUGUCGCUAAGCAUCUCCUGCAACACGCAAUAUCCUUUUUUCGGCCAUGUUUCAUCAUCAUUGGUGGUGUGAUGAUUAAUCGUCGGUGGAAAUACAACUACGGAAUGCGGUCUUGUCAUUGGAAAAAGCAGCUUUUAAAACGAUAUUAG